CCCGUCUGUUUUGCAGCCAGCGAAAAAGCAGCGUGAACGCGCUCACAGUACUGCAGAGACACCGCGUAGCUGCAGGACCGACUGCAGGACCGACUCACGUUACAUUGCUGUUUUCACGCGUGAUUGGAUACCGGUUUCACACACCCAGCCCUGGCCCAAAUCUAAAGAAGAUUUGCAUGAUGGAGAAGGAGACAUCAGAAGGAGAACAUCAGAAGGAGUCUGAUCAAGACCGGAAAGAGCUUGAGAAGAAGCUCCAGGAUGUCGGGAUCGAUCCACACAUCUGGCUACCGAGACUGCGGGGGCAUCUUAACAUUACCAGAGCACAAGCUUUACAAUACGUGGGCUUCAAGGACUAUCAGAAAUUACAACAUUACUGUGAGCAUGAAUGGGAAAAAGAGGCCCUCCAAAAACUCCUCAAUAUACAAGAGAAGGAGUCUCAGUCAAAAAAGAGGCGGGAUGAUCAGUCAAAACAGUCAAAAAAGUUGCAGGAUGAGUGGUCCGAGGCAUUUAAAAAGAGACAGCAGGAGGCCAGGUCUGCACUCAAUGAGCUUCAACAUAUGCAAGAAAAAGGAAGAAAUCGUAAUGAUGGCAUUGUGAAGGAAAAAGAAGAGCAGCUUCAGCUGGCCUUACAGGUACCCAAAGAAUACUGGGUGCAUUCUGGGGUACCGCUUCAGGAUCUGAUAAAGAACAUGCAUAAGCAGUUAGACCUUGCAGAUUGUUCAGUGUUAAAAAGAGAUCAUCUAUCUGAUGAAGAGGUUUUGAAGUGUGCUUCAGGAGGACUUGCUUUGGAGGGGAUUUACAAAUCUAAUCAACUGGAGGAUGCUAUGGUGAAACGAGAGCGCCUUCUGGAUGUCCCUGAGUCUUUCUCUUUCUCCGGCCCUGAACAGAUGCCUGUGCUCAAUCAACAAGACGUUUCUUCCCGUGAAGCAGAAUCUACUUUUAGGAAAGCCAUGGAAAAAAUAGGCCUUAGCAUCACCUGCUCAGCCAAAGCUGGCUUUUGGGGUUUUGGUUUAGAAAUCAACACAAAUGUUAAAUCUUCCUCACAAUCUGAGCAAACAUGCCAGUCAGAUUCUGCACACAGCUACGCUUGCACCACAAAGUACAAUUACAUUCCUCUAGCGUCCUGCUUUUUUGGAAAGGACCAACUUCAUCUAUCAAAUUCAGCACUAAGAGAGCUGAAAAGCAUAGAUGAAGCAUAUCUUAAAAAUAAUGAAGAAUUCAGCAAACAAAGAUGUUUGGAAUUCUUCCAAAGAUUCGGCACCCAUGCAAACCAAGGGCCUCUUCACUUUGGAGGGAUAUUCUGGUGGAAGGCGUCUUCUGAAGGCUUUAGUGCACAUGAGAUGAACGAGGUGAAAACACUGACAUCUGAAGCAUUGAGUACUUAUGUUGGUGCCAGCUAUAGUGGACCUGUAUUGAGCUUUUCAGCAGGUGUUGAUGCAACUCAUUCAAAAUCAGCAGGAUUUGCAAGUCAUGAUCGCAGAGAAGCUCUUUGGCGUAAUAUAGAGCUUUCUGUAUCAAAAACAGGGGGUCCAGCUGAAGCAGACAGUCUCUUGCAGUGGAAAACUGGUCUGAUUGCCAGCAACAAGACAUGGUGUGUUAUUGACAGAGGCCUUCAGAUUGUACCUGUGUGGGAUAUAAUCAUCUGCAAUCAUAAGGAGGAUUUCAGAGAUGCUGUAAAACUUGCCAAUAGUCUUUCGGCAGCAUAUGACAUGUUAACAAAGCAUGACAAAAAAGCAGAAGUUCUAUGUGGGGGAGAACUAAACACUCUAGAAGUUGAGGCCCAAGCUGUCCUUCAUGGCAUUCGCAUGUGGAAUGUUUCUACUGCAGAGCAGCACUUAAUGAAACUCAUUGAAUUUAAAAAGAAGCUGACUGAUGAAAAGAAGAAUGUCAGUGUAUGGACCAGCAUAUUUCUCUCUGAUGAGGUUUUUCAGGAUUUCUUGACAAAACUUGUUGCGACACAUACAAAUUCCCCUUGUGAUGACACAGUUAAAAUCAGGUUUCUAAUGCGUCAUCUUCUUGAAGAUAACAUCUAUGAUGUAGGAAAAGAAAACUUCCCAAAUCGAUCCAGCAUUGUGAAAUGGAUUCAUCAGUCCAACAACGACCACCCAAGUGAAGUUUCAGUAUCUGAAUUUUCUCAGUUGGUUAAACUUUUAAAUCAAGCAAAAAAUGACACCCAGGAAGUUUCUUACAUUUGCGGUUCUGAGGAUUCUAUACGUAGCGCAAAGGUCCAAAGCACCCGUCUGAUUACUGAUGCUCUCUACACUCUACGUAAGAGUUUGAUCAACACACAGAAGAUAGAGGAAGAGUUGCUAUUGCUGACAAUUAGUGCAGUGAAAGGAUACUCUGAUAAAGACAACACCUUUGAUCACCUUCUUGGAUGGCCAGAAAUUGAGUUCUUACUCAGUAAAUUAGAAAGUGCCCACGCCAAGUAUUCCAGUCUUAGGAAUGAAAGUGUUGCCAAAGCUCAAGCCUUCUUGAUCUCCACGGGGUUGACAGUAGCAGCGGAUUGCACUGAAGUAUCUUCUUAUGAGAAGAAACUACGUUUGGCCUUCAUGAAGGCUCAUUUGAAAGAAACUGUAUCUGAAGAAAUUGCAAUGCUAAUUGACUUCUCUGCUGAACCGGUCAGUGGUUGGGACAGGCUUGAGGAAGACUUGAAUAAUAUUUCAAAAGGAACCUACCAAGCAAUGGUUAAGAAUGUGCACAAUCAAGAAGCAUGUUUAACAAAAGAUUUGGAGGAUAUUUCUAAAAUGAAAACACAGCCAAAGUCAACGGCAAGAGAAAUCUCUGUAGCAUUAUCAAACAAGGAGUGGGGUGUAAUAGAAAGACUGGGGCUUCAGAAAUACUAUCCAAAGAAAAUGUCAAUGUCCGACAUCCUUGUGAUUGACAGAUCGGCUUUAGAAGACUGCCAGCCCUCCACAGAACAGGAAUUGCUGUUUUUUUUCCUGCAAAAGCUUUUGAUGUUGGACUACAAGGCGAGGGAUGUGUUUUGCAAUCUCAAAAGCACUGCACAGCAAACCACAAGCAGUACUCCAACUGUGGCAAUGAGUCUUGAUGACUUUUUUUGUGAUGGAAAUACAAAAAUAAAUAAAAAUACUGAAGAUGAACCAAAACACAUUCAUCCCAUGGAUGUUCAAAUGGCUAUUUAUCACUGUGCCGACAGUUUUUUGUGGCAGUACAUUGCAACAAAGCUUUCAUUUUGCCAGUAUGCACUUCCUUGUUUGGUGCCCAACCCCUUCACAUCAAACAUAGAAUUUCCUUCAUGGUCUUUUGUGCAGCUUAAAAAGAGCUGGAAAUGUUCAGAAAGAGCUGAUCAACAAAGUAAGACAGCAAAGUGCAAAAGCCAAUCUCUUUAUGAAGCUGAACUUCCGACCGUAUCGUUCAUACGGUUUGGUCCUUCUGCAUCAUCAAAGUCUCAGAUCUUGAACAAUUUAUUGAACAGUCAAAAGCACAAUACCUUUUUCCACAGACACUGCAAAGGCAGCAGUGCACCUCGCCUCUUCAUGGAUGGGGUUGUGGAGAGAUCGUGGUAUUUCCCAGGUGGGAAGGAUGAUGAUGUUUUUGAUGACUGUGUUGCAUUCACUAAUCUUCAUGGAGAUGCAAGAGAACAUGAAAAACAGUUUGAAUUUUUACUCAAGACUGCAACCAUCAAUGUAGUCCUUCUCACAGGCUCUGAUCGAAAUGAAAGAGGCAAUGCAAUUCUACAGAAACUUUUUAAUUCUCCAAAGCCCCUAAUCUGUCUUUGUGCUGACAUGAAAGUAACUCCAAAAGAACAACAAGGAACAAAGGUUAGAAUAGCUGCUGAGAGCAGAAAUGAGGCUGACCUUGUUGAGGAUCUUGUAACAACAAUUAAGCGUCUAUUGGGCAGCCUGAAGCAUACCUUCAGUAUUAAGACAUGCACAGGUAUUGCUAGGAACCUUGGAUUUCUGAUUGAAGAGGACCAUGAACACUGUAAGCAAGGCAAGUCCUUAGCAGAGGCAUUACUGGCACCACUGAAAAGUGAGAAGUUGUCUGUCAUUAAAGACAAGUACCUACCACUGCAAGGGGAACUGUGGCAUACAUGGUGCAAGAAAAACAAGGAGCUUUUACAUCUGCAGAUCAAAGGAAACAUAAGUGUUGAACAACACAAAAGUCACAUUGAACAGGCCAAAAAUGACAUCAGAAAAAAACAGUUCAGUAAAGCUUCUCCUAUGAACAAUGUAAUUAGAACAUUUCUUACAAAUCUACAGUGCAACUCAGAGGCUACUAAAGUGUUUUUUCUCAAAUGGAUGGAAAUAUUUUUAUAUGACCUUACAUCAGAACAGCUUUCUGUACUUGAUGAUACACAGCAUGAGAAGUGGUCAAAGAUGCAAGCUUUAAAACAAAGAGGGGGAAACACUGACCGCUUACAAAACGAACUGGUCCAGUUAUCGAAUGAGAGAAUUGCUUCUACUUUUAGCCUUGAACACUUUUUAAGGGAACUCGGUCAAAUCUAUGAAGCUUUGGAGUCCCAGUCCAGCAAACAAAAAGUAAUAUUUUCUCUCCCAGAAAUUGCAGCAGAUAUGAUGAUUUCGGGAUAUCCUAUUGAACUGAUGGAUGGGGAUGCUUCACAUGUGCCCCUGAAAUGGAUCAGCUCAGUUCUUGACAAAGUCAUUGAGAAGCUUGGUGACCAAAGAGUCUUUGUUCUUUCUGUUCUGGGCAUUCAGAGCACUGGGAAGUCCACUCUGCUGAAUGCCAUGUUUGGACUCCAGUUUGCAGUCAGUGCAGGCAGAUGCACCCGAGGAGCUUUCAUGCAGCUGGUUAGAGUGAAGGAGGAUCUGAGACGAGAGAAGCAGUUGGAUUAUGUUCUUGUGGUAGACACAGAAGGUCUUCGGACUUUAGAAGUUGGCAAAUCAACCCUUAACCAUGACAAUGAGUUAGCAACCUUUGUCAUUGGUCUUGGUAACAUGACCCUGAUAAAUAUAUUUGGAGAGAACCCCUCUGAUAUGCAAGAUGUUAUUCAAAUUGCUGUUCAGGCAUUUCUGAGAAUGAAGCAGAUACAUCUGACCCCCAGCUGCAUGUUUGUGCACCAGAACGUUGGAGAAGUUACUGCAGGAGACAAAAACAUGGAAGGAAAAAGGCGAAUGCUGGAAAAAUUAGAUGACAUGUCCCGUACAGCUGCGAAGCAGGAGCUGUGUGAUGUUAGCUGCUUUAAUGAUGUCAUCAGAUUUGAUGUUAACACACACAUUCAUUACUUUGCUCAUCUUUGGGAAGGUAAUCCACCAAUGGCACCUCCUAAUCCAAGCUACAGUGAAAACGUUCAGAAGCUGAAACGGAUGCUGCUCUGUUCUGUGACACACCAGAAUACAUUGACGAUCUCAGGGUUUAAAACACGCGUCCAAGAUCUCUGGAGCGCACUCCUUGCAGAAAACUUUGUUUUUAGCUUCAAGAACACACUUGAGAUUGCAGCAUACAGGAAGUUAGAGGAAAUGUAUGCAGACUGGACCUGGAGGCUGAGAAGUCGGAUGCUUGACAUUGAAAACAAACUGAAGAUUAAAAUUGAGCAUGACAGAGGAGAAGUUGUGGAAAAGAAGGACCUUGAAUCAGACAUGCAGACAGAAUACAAUGCUGUCACAAAAGAGAUGGAAUGUUAUUUUUCAGAACACAAUGACCGAGAGAUACUGAUUCAAUGGAAAAGAAAAAUUGAACAGCAACUUGCAGAUGUUAAAGAUCAGAUAAUUGGAGAAACGAAAAGGAAAUUUGAUAAACUUGUUCAGCAGAAGAAAAGUUGUUGGGAUUUGGAGGAAAAGAAAUCUAAAUAUGAAGAUCAACUGCUGCAGCGGAGCAAAGAGCUGGCGCUGAGACUUAAAGCCAAAGAUUUGGAUGAAGAGAAACUGAAGAGUGAAUUUCGAAAGCUGUGGUCGACUUGGGUGUAUGAUGUGUCUUCAGACAUGCCCCCUGCUAAAAAAACUGAUGUCAAAAUUGAGAUGGAGCAAAUUCUCAUUGAGCGUUUAGUAGUUUCUAAAUUCACGCGUCUUGCCGGGGUGCAAGGUGCACCCUAUAGCCCUACAGGAGAUCGCUGUUUGGAAUCCGGGCUGUUCCACUGGCCGGGCGCCUGCAGGCCUGCGGUGCUGUCACUUGAUCUGUGUUGCACGAUAGGUCAGGUGGCUCGGCUGUGGGUUUGCAGUGUGAAUAAAGAGGUCGGCUUGAUGGUGCACGUUUCAGAGGAUGCACGUGCUUGUCUUCGUCUCUCCCGAGUCGAUACGGGAGUUGCAGCGCUGAGAAAGGGUCUUAAAAACAAUAGGAUAAUCCAAACUGGGAGAAAAUGGGGGUAAAAUAAUUGUUGAUUCCAAAUUUAAAAAAUAAUGAUAAUGUGUAAAAAUAAUAAUAAUGUGUAAACAUAUUUAAAAGAAUUAUUAGCUCAUGUUUAAUCAUUUAAAAAUAUUUUCAAGCAGGCGUCAGCGAUGAGUCCAUACACGGACGUGGUAAGAGUUGUCCAUGUCCAUUCACAUUAGUCUUCGCAUUGCAGUCAGGUCAGAACAGAGCAGCAGAUAAUGCAUUUACUUCAACUGAGCUGUCCAAAACUGGGCAAAGUUUUCAAAUCAAAUCAGUGUUUCUCAAUUGGAAUCACAAUACUCAGUGUUUUUCGAAGAUAACACAAUGGGCAGUGCAACGUGUUGGUGCCAUCUUUUUAAAAAACAGUGAGGAAUACAUGAGUUAGCCAGUCCAGACACUGAACGAGCCUUCAGUCACAUGAAUGGGAUCAAAACCCUUUACCCAGAAUCAACUGGAACCAUGCCACGCUGAUGCUAGCUGUCCAUAUAUACUGUACUGUAUCAGCAGUACACACCAGAACUUCCAGCUUCAGUCAGAGUUUGCAAAACCAAGAGUGAAGGUAGGGCCUGAUCACACAGCCGCAAGUACGUUACUAAAAGUCACCAGAUUUUCAGUUAGAUCUGGAAUUUUUACUGACAUCGGUGCAAUUUAAUUAUAAAAUAUUCAGAAUAUAAGAAAAAUUAAAAGACGAUCGUAUCGGACUCAACUGGUAAGUUAUGAGAUUUAUUUGUAUUUCUUUAAUGUCAUUUUUACUGUGAAUCUUGUGUUUAAGGAAAAUAGAAAGAACAUUUUACAUCCAGUUCAUGUUCACAAGUGCAAAAGCACCUCUCUGGACUCUGGACACAAUGUAGCAUUUCAUUAACAAUGUACUGACUCUUCCAGCCCUCGUCUGGGAGGUUACUGGACCUCCUCUGCUUUUGACCAACUUUGAGGACCCCCCUGUUUUUUAGUCCCAUGCGAAAAAUAAUGAAGUGACAUUUUUACCUGGGUAACAAUCCACUACAACGUCAGUCAAACCUGUACUAAGAGACCACUCAAGAAGGGACAGUCAAAUAAUGUCCUUUUCUUAACACAGGUGGGAUCUUAAAAGAGGGACCCAUACAUUUUCUAUUUCUCUCUGACAUGCCUUCCUGUAAUUAUGUAUGUAUGUUUAAAAUACACUGUCUCGAAGAUGGAAUAUAAACAUAAGGAAGUACAGUAAUUGAAUUACAUUCAUUUAAUAUGCCAGUUCUUUCCAUUUCAAAAUGUUCUGUAUCUGCUUCUUUCCAGCGCCACGUUUUUCUGGCACUUCCCGUCGUUCCAAGUUCAGUAACUUUAACAUCUAGGGUGGGGAGGAACUUUCGCUUCUCUGUGUUUUCUCUCUUCCUUUACAGGAGAGCGCUGUUGUUUUAAUAAUAUGUUUAUUGAUUAUGUGAGUGUGUGUGCCGGUUUACUGUCAAAAUAAAAAAAAAACGAAUGCAGUCAAGUCAACUCAAAAUUCUCACUUAUUGAAAGAUAGACCAAUAUACAAUAGUAAAUAAAGUUAUUUAAAUAAUCCCUGGAUUUAUAAACAUCAAGUUUAUGAGCAAACAAAGAAGGUUACCAGUAUUAAAAUUAUUAUUAUUUCUAAACCACUGGUUUUUAAUCUCACAAUACAUUUUCAGUUUAAAACCGCUUAGAUAAUAUUUAAUAUCUGCUGGCUUGCAAUGCGCUCCUCUGAAGGUUAGAUAUGAUUUGCAGGUAUGAAUAUAAUCCUAAUACACUCCUAUUGAUAUACAAUAAAACCUCUAUUUUCCAAACUAAUUGGGACCAGGUGGUGUUUUUAUAGUGGAAUUAUUCUGGUUUGUGUUAUACUGUGCAGUUAGAAUUGUAGGCUAUACGGUAAAUCUCAUUUAUGAUAACUAGAAUGUGAUUCAAACAACAUAGUGUUGUUUCAAGAUUGGUAUAUACACCUGUUCGUCCAUUAAAAGCAAUAAACAGAUUAUCGAUAAUAUUCUUGUUAUCGCGAUGAUGAAAAAAAAAUUAAAAAUCAAUAACAGCCUCACGAUAGAUACUGAUCGGUCUGUCGUCCCCUCCCUAGUUGGAAGGCAGGGAAGUCCCCCUCAGGGCAGCCAGGAGAGUGCAGAGUGCCAGGCAGCAGAGGUACCCAACCACGCAGAAGACGACUAACACGUCUCCGGAGCUGUCGCCUUGGGUCAGCACUACCCGGAACAACAACACCACAGUCACUGUUUAUUGUUAUCACCCACCUUGAGCACUACUGCACGCACCCGGACUGGUGACCGUGUUUAGUAAUAUUGUGGGGCGGAUAACGUGUUAUUAUUAUUUGGUUUUGCAAACCAUUAUUAUUGUUUCCUUCUGUGUUUUACACAUUGAUGUGUAUUGCUGGAGGAUUAUUCUUUGGUCGCCAGACCGGGAGUUUUACAAAAUAAAGACCCCUUUUCCAAACCGGA